AUGACUAUUGAAAAAGUGCCAGCCCUAGCUGCUGAAGGAGAUGACGUCUUUUUCCAUGUCAAUGAUCUGCCAGAGAAUACUACAACCAUAGCCUGGUUCAAAGGUCUAAGAAAUACGACACAAGGAAUUGGAGCAUAUGCACCGUUCUUAAAUUUGAGUAGGCCAGGUCCUAUGUACAGUGGUAGAGAGACAAUAUACCGCAAUGGAUCCCUGCUGAUAAAAAAUGUCAACCCGAUGGACAUUGGAUUCUAUACCCUACGAACUUAUAAUAAUCAUGGAACUAGGACAUCAAUAACAUCCGAGUACCUCCAAGUGCACGCUUUCGUUUGGAAGUGUGGGCGCCUUGGUACCUCUUCACAGUUCACCAUUGAAUCAGUGCCACCCAGCGUUGUUGAAGGGAGAAAUGUUCUUCUACUUGUUCGUAAUCCCCCAGAAAAUAUUGUAGAGUUUGUCUGGUUCAAAGGAGUGGUUGACUUCAAGAACAUUUUGGGUAUCCGAAAUAUAGCAGACAGGAAACCAACUGUAUGGGGACCUGCAUACAGUGGUAGGGAGAAGCUGUACAGUGAUGGAUCCCUGCUGCUUCAUGGUGUCAGUCAGAAAGACAGUGGAUUGUACAUACUACGAAUCCUGAGACCAGAUACAGGAAACGAAGAGGCACUAGUGCAACUCCAGGUGGAGACUUACCUUUCUGUGUCCUGUAAUCCUCUCACUUCUUCCCAACUCAUGAUCCAGCCAUUGCCUCAGUAUCCUGCUGAAGGUGAAAGCAUAUUUCUUCAAGUUCAUAAUCUUCCAGAAGACGCGAAUGCCUUUUUCUGGUACAAAUCAAAGAAUAGGACGCCAGUCCUUAGAAUUGUAGAAUAUGUCAGAACCAUGCAUUCUGUCACUUGGGGACUUGCAUACAAAAGAAGAGGAAUGGUGUACUUUAAUGGAUCUCUGGUGCUCCACAAUGUCACUGAGAAAGAUGCAGGAAUGUACACACUAGAAGUUUUAAACAAAAAUUUCGAUAUUCUAAAAGCAUAUGUGGAAUUUUCUUUAAAGAAGAAUGUGACACAGCCCUUUGUGCAAAUCACCAACACCACAGUCGCAGAACGUAGAUCUGUGAUCUUCACUUGCAUUUCACCCGACACCGAUGUCUCCAUCCGUUGGAUCUUCAAUAAGGAGAAUCUGCAGCUCACAGAGAGGAUGACUCUGUCCCCAACAAAGUGUGGACUCAGAAUAGAUCCUGUCAGUAGCACGGAUGCUGGAGAGUAUCAGUGUGAGGUCUCCAACCGAUUCAGUUCGAAGACCAGUCUCCCAGUCUCCUGGCCAUGA